CGGCACAUUCUCUAGCACUCUGAAAACCCUAAUUCUUGGUUUUGUACCUCUCUCUGCAAGUGUACUGAUUCUUGCACCGGAGGGCCAUCCCAGAAAACCUCUGGUGUGGUCUUUAGCAGUGCUUUCUUUUGUAGGCUAGGUAAAGAUCAAGACCUAUUCUCUAACCCUCAGUCUUAAGGAGCAAACCAGCUUAAUCAGAGCCCCACACAGAGGCUAGGUAAAGAUCAAGACCUAUUCUCUAACCCUCAAUCUUAAGGAGCGAACCAGCUUAAUCGGUGCCCCACACAAAGACUAGGUAAAGAUCUCUAACCCUCAAUCUUAAGGAGCAAACCAGCUUAAUCGGAGCCCCGCACAGAGAUUUUGCAUUUGGGAAUUGGGUUUCUCGUUUCUCUGGAAAAGUCUCUCAUAAUAUAGAUUUUGCACAGGCCAAUCAAUAAGAUGGAAGUACUGCUCGCAAUAUUCGUUGUUGUUCUCGCAAUUUACCUAGUAAACUUUGCCAGGAUCACUCCGAGCAAAAAACACAAAAAAAUUUGCCGGGUUGUCCGUAUCAAAAAACUUUGCCACGCGGCUGUCCUCCACCAAGGCGGUGAUCAGGACAACAUCUCCUUCUCUACCAAAGAUGCUACCACCAGUACAUACUCUAGUUUCAUAGAGGCGCUGCGAGCUCGUCUCACAAAUGGAGCUCCCACGGAAUGUGGUAUACCGGUGCUGCCCCAGAGCUCCUCGGUGCCGGACUCGAGGCGCUUCGUUCUGGUCGAUCUCUCUAACUCCGAUGGGAACACCGUCACCGUGGCGAUAGACGUGGAGAACGUUUACGUGAAGGCUUUUCGUGUAGGCGACCAAGUUCGCUUUUUCAAUGACGCUCCAGAGGCUGCAAUCAAAACUUCAUUCACCAAAACCGUCAAGCCUCCCUUACCAAAAAAACCACCCGUCAAUUUUCGGCCUGUCGGCUGCACCUGCAACUAUCGCGACCUCGAGAACCGAAAAGAUACUCAACCCAGGAAGGAAACCAAUCUAGGAAUCAGUGCCCUAGACAAAGCCAUUAAGGAGUUGUGGGGCAAUGUUGACGCUGCAGAUGGAUCAUCGCUCCUUGUGAUAAUUCAGAUGGUCUCCGAAGCGGUAAGGUUCAGGUAUAUUGAGAAACAAGUUCGAGGAAGCAUAAUAAGGAGAAAUUCUUCGGAAGCAGACACUUUGGAAGCAGACAAUUUUAAACCAGACCCUUUUAUGUUGAGCCUGGAGAACAACUGGUCGAAAAUCUCUAAAGCUAUCCAAAGUCGCAAUGGAAUAGUAUUCCAAGAUUCAGUUAUACUUGAUUGUCCUAAAAACAAAGAUGUCAUCACAGUGGCCAACAUUCAGUCUCCCGUCAUUUUUGAUCUUGUCUUGCUGCUCCACGCAGGCCGUCAAAGAGAGGACCGGCCCCGGGGUAAGCCCCGCAAGCCCUCGAUCUUGGGCAACCCUCCGGGCCGGGGCAACCAAAAAAAAAAGUUUUCGAGUUAGAUUAUAAAUUAUAAAGAGUUUCC